UAGUGUGUGUAAAAUUUUAAAUUCCUGUACGCGUUCAGCGUCUAAACAAAAUAGCGCUUUUAAGAGAAAAUAAAUGUGAAAUAGGUAUGCAGGAAACCGACGAAAGUCCCAUUGGAAUGCCCCUUAGUCAGGAAGCCAUUACGCAGCGCCUGGCGGCACUUAGUCGUUGGCAGGACGACCAGAAGCGACUGCUACAGGAGCGUCAGAGCAAUCAGCGCGUUUUGCUCGGCUUGGAGCAGCGCAAUAUGUACAAAAUGCUGGGACUGCUGCACCAAGAGACGGAAAACCAGAAUAUCAGUGUUCUGGAGGACUCUCAGUGGGACGAGGACCACUCCGUACAAAUGCCUCGACUUGCGGCGGAGCAGGACGACCAGGAGCUGGAAAUUCCCUUGACCAGUCCCCAGCCGGCCAAGCCCAAACGCCCUUUCCUCCGCCGCGGUGAAGGUCUAAAGCAACGCUUCAAAAUCAAUCCUGAUCAACUGCGUCUGGAGAAUUUGCCGCGCUAUAAGUACGCUAAUGCGCACCCCCAGUUCCGAACUCCCCAGCUGAAGAAGGGUAUCCUUAAAAAGAAAUCACCUCCGGCUUCUUCUCAAGUUCCCAAAGCCCCAGAACAACUUGAUAUUAACGAGCAUCGCUUCCAGCAGGUGCUAAUCAACUCCAAGAACGUCUGCAACUCUACGCCAGAUCUCAAGUCCUCGUACGCCUCCUCAACAACUGCUUCAAGCAUCUCACCCAGAGUUCGUUUUGUAGAGCAAAAAGGGUGGCCCAUGCAACCCAACCAUGCGGAUGAUGAAGCCUCCGCAGAGUCCAACCCCUUGACCGGUGUUUGCUGGGCAAAAGUAUUGGACACUCAAAGCAUUAAGCCACCUCAAAUCCAAAGACGCUCUGCACAAAUCCGAGUGGAAGAUGAUAGCAAUGUAAGCAUCUUCGAGCUACUCGAGCAGAAAGCCACUGAGGGCAACAUUGAUAUGAACUCCAGCUGCAUUCGCACCUUCAUGGCACGCAAGGAUCACCGCCGCGUCUUAGCUGAUGACUCUGAUCACAUUGUAGUAACACAACAGGUGAGGCAGAUGCGGUUGCAACCGCAAGUGGAUAAGGUGAUGGUCCACGAAUUGGAUGAGGAGGAGGAGGACGACGACGAACAACAGUCCAGUGAACAAACUCUGACAACGACACCCAUCCAGGUGGGGAAAACCCAAGUGAGAGUGCGCUUCUCCGACUCUAAUGAUACCCACGAAUAUUCUGAUGCAACCAGUCUUAACGACGGCUCCAAUAUUCAGCUCUUUGAACAGUUCAAGUCGGCUCUUUUUCAGGCUUUGGAGAAGAAGAAGAAGUCAAGUCCCAGUCAGCAGCCAGAAGAACCCUUAACCCAAGAGCUGCAGGAAAAGGCCCAUCUUGUGCGGACUCGUCUCGAAGAACUUGAGACAGAGAUUGCCACCUUUAAGGAACAAAAUACCCAACUUCUUCGUCUCAAGCAGCAACACGAACUAGAGAGGGCCAAGUGCACUCAGGAUCAUAUGGAGGCCAUGGAACGCGUUCACGACGAAAAGAUCCAGGCGGAGAUAUACCUGCACGACGAGCGCAUGAAGAUUGAAGAAGAGCGCCGGAAGUUCGAGCAGCAGAUGCGACUGCAAAAGAGCAAUGCAAAUACCAAAGAAAAGAAGGAGAUAGCAGCCUUAAAGCAGGAAGUGGAGACACUGCAGCUGCAACUUAAGCAAAAGGAGCAGACCCACGUUUCUGCUCAGGCACGACUUCGUGCUCAAUUGCGUGCCAGUGAGAAGGAGCAGCGCAACUACCGCGACGAGAUUGAGCUCUUACACAGAGAAAACAAGCGCUUGGAGCAGGAGCUAAUCAGGAUUGGUCGCGAGAAUAACAGCAAAAUGCUGCAGGAGAUCAACCGAAACAUUGCCCGGCUGGCACCCAAAGUGUUGCCCUCUGCCACCAUGUCGGAUGUACUUGAUGAAAACGGACGACGAACUCAAUCUUUGGAUGGGACAGCUGGUAAGCCUGUAAAGCAACGAGAUCCACCAAACCGUCGUCAGAGCAGCGGCAAUGCUGAAACGAGAAGCCGCAGUCGCUCCCUGGGCAGAAACAAGAAGAAAAUCGAAGCCCUGAAUGAGAGCUUCGCCUCCAGCAGUUCUGAGGCAGUGGAAGAAGACCUGCCACCAGUAACAACUGCCAAAGCUAAAUCCCCGCUGGCUGCUAACUCUAGCAGCGACUUUAAACGGGAAAUAACGAAUGCUGAUGGUAGCAAGGACAUUUGGUAUCCCAAUGGAAAUCUAAAGAAAAUCAGUGCAGAUGGCAUGAGCGUCCGAAUGUUAUACUUUAACAAGGACAUCAAGGAGACUGACAUUAGGGAGGGCACCGUAAAGUAUUACUACGCUGAGACAAACACCUGGCACACCUCUUAUCUGGAUGGGUUGGAAAUUCUCGAGUUUCCCAAUGGACAGACAGAACAUCGUCGGAAGGACGGCACCAUCGAGAUUCACUUUCCUAACAACAGCAUUAAGGUAGUCGAUCCCAGCGAUGCAGAGAAACUAGAGGAGUGGCGUUAUGAGGAUGGAACUCACCUUGUACAGCUUCGAAACGGGGACAAGAUUCUGAAUUUACCCAAUGGUCAAAAGGAGAUUCAUACAAAACUAAACAAGCGAAGGGAAUACCCGGAUGGAACUGUUAAGUUGGUGUAUCCGGAUGGCAGCCAAGAGACUCGUUACUCCAACGGUCGUGUUCGCUUAAAGGACAAAGACGGCAAGCUCAUCAUGGACACAGACUAUGCUAAGUACUAGAGGCGGGUCUCUUGCUUCCAUUGUGAAUUAGUUUUUAAAUAUAUAUAAAAGUUUCUUUGUUUAUUAAACUA